AAUGUGACAACAGUGGGAAGUUAAGUUUUUAGUGCAUCAGGAGUGGAGAAUAUAUAUUUUGUUGUUGAUUUAACUUUUCGUGGUGACUGAGGAAUGAUUUCAGUGCGCUGUUGAAGUAGUGUGUUCGUAAUCUUUGUAACUCCCGCCGAAGCUGACUUAGAUUUGAAUAGCGGUAGUAACACGGAAGUGAGAUGAAUAUGACAGUGUAUUGAAGUCUGAAAUUUGAACUGCAUUUUCUGUGAGAAUGGGGACGAAGACAUCUGCACGACCUAAUUUAACCACUGUACAGUAUACGGCGUUUCCACAGACAUAUCUUCAGGACAAUGUUAAAUGUAUGCAGGAGAAGCAGGCUCUGAAAGGAAUUAAGCCUCAUAGUUGGUUAACCCCUGUUAAGAAUGUGGAGUUUCCACAAACGUAUGUACAGAAGGUGACAGCACAGUCAAAUAAUAUAGAAGCUGUAGAACAGUAUGUAGAGUGUCCAGAAGCUGUGGCGCAAUACGUGCAGUGCUCUGACCCGAAUAUAUAUUUAAAGCAGAGGAAAACGCAGCCCCCUGGUUGGAAAAUUCAGCAUCUGCCGUCACCGUCGGAUCACGCAUCAAACUUGCAGUCUUCAGUGCCGAGUCCAGAUACGUCGACUGCUGUGACUAGCACAUCUGCAAGAGCAGAAAGAGCAUCACCUCUAAAAGAAGUGAUAGAGAUGGAGGAUACAAAUGAAAUGAUAGAGGUGGACAGUUUCAGUGCUGCCCACUUACUCGCUACGCAGCACGAAAUUCUGUCAGAUAUCUCACCCGACGUCUGGCAUAAAAUUAUCGUGGAAUCAGCUGUGUAUAACAGAAUGGCUGUUCUCAAUGCCAUCAACAGGAGAAUUUCUCCACUGAAGCUCACUCCAUAUUUUUUUCGCAUGGAGAAAGAACACAUAACGUUCCUGGUGAAUAACUGCAGUGCUGCCCUGACAGCAUUGUUCAAACAAAACCUUAAAGUACCAUUUUAUCCUCGUAAGAUUAUAUUGAAAGUCCAGCUUCAUGCCAAGAAAGUCGACCUCUCUGCAAUUCUGCAGAGAAUUAUCAGUAAUAGGCUCAGUUCUUGGAAAACAUGCUUAGACCUGUCAAACCUGACUAGCAUUCCUGAAUUUCAGCAGGUGAUGUAUGACCCAUCACAAACCCAUUUACUGCCGCAGUUGAUGAAAAUGGCACAGGAGGUGGCUCCGAACCUCAUCAGCCUCAGUCUUGCAGGAAAUGAGCUGUGGACACUGGACCAUCUUACAAGCGUCUUUGCAAAUAAACCCAAAUGGUGGUCACUGAGAGUAUUAGAUCUGACCGACAACAAGAUUGACAGUGUUUCUAGACUGGUGGCCUUGAAGUCUAUACCUAUUACAGAAUUGUACUUGCACAAAAAUCCUGUGUGUGGGAGAUAUAACAAUGGCCAGUCCUACAUAAGAGUCAUCAUGAGGGACUUUCCAUGUCUCACUAAAUUGUUCGCAUUCAAGUACACGAAGCCAUAUACAAACCCAAAGAUAAUUAGACCGCAGAGGCAUGUGACGGAGAGUGAAAAAAAUACUAUGACAGAAAUAUAUACAAUGCUUACUGACAUGAGACCUGAGUGGUCACGCAAGUGCCUGGAUGCUGUGGGCUGGGACCUAAUAGAAGCCCUCCAAACAUUCACUGAAAUGUACAAAGCAGGCAAAAUCCCAGCUGCUGGAUUCAUAAACAAAAAAUCAGCAGAAUUGUAAAAGUGCGAAUGUUUUUGCCCACUUUGAAUAUAUGUGACUGUAUAGCAAUUGAAGCAGUUGCUGAGAAAUGUUGCACACUUUGUGAAUGUCAUAGUUGCUGUAACUGUAUCAAGAUUGUUACAGAAAAAGCAUAUGCAGCAAAAGUUUUUUGAGUGAAUGGUUAAUGCAAGCUUGUAAUCAGGGAACUGUAUGCUGAGAGCAGUAACUGUAAUAUUGACUGUACCAAAAGAAAAAUUUAAUCAAAGUAACUGUUAAAUUAUGAGACAGAAUUGCUGAGCCGUAAUUACCUUCAGUACGCUGAUACACACACUAAAGUAAAAGGGCCUGGCUUUCGGAACUAUCGGUUCCUUCCUUGAGAAUUAGAGAAAAGGAGUUUGUCGAAAGGUUAAUAAGAAAGGACGGUCACUCAGACACCAUGAUGAGAGGGAACGGCCAGCUCAUCAUGAAUGGAUCUACAGUGUUUGAGAUAAUGUUUAACCAAGUCUUUCUUUGGCUAAAUUUGUCAAGGAAUGUUGUGGCAGAACAUGACUAACAUAGGGGUAAAGCUCGCCAAAUAGUCUAAGUCGUCAAUAGUAACACAGAAUGAAAACUUUGCUGUUAGCUUUUGGAUAAAUUAUUUAACGAGAUAGAGUGGGGACACACACACACACACACACACACACACACACACACACACACACACACGAGAUCUACAUCGGCACACCCACACUUACAGCUACCUUUCCCACUAAAAUGUGCUGGCUGAAUGUGCAAUGCUGGGUGCCAUUGCAAUGUAACAUGCAUGCACAAAUUUGUAACCUCACUCUGGCGCAUCGCUUUCUCUCUUAUUGUCUGUCUGAGCUGCCAUUCCUUUUUAACCUUCCACAACCUACUUUU